GCUGGAACCUAUCCUUUGAAUUAGCCGAGUCAGACAGGCAGGGGCGGGGAGUCCUUCCGCCCUUCUUAGGAGGGGCUGCAUUGCAGGGGGAGACUGAGCCGACAGACUGUCACUGGAGAGCGAGAGGGAGUGAGAAGACAAAGCCGGCAAAGCCCCCACUGCUGCCGUUCUCUCCAGCCCAGAGCAGGCACCGGGAGCGCCGGGGUCCUCCCUCCAUCUUCGGAGCACACUAGUAAUUCACUGAUAACAGGAAGUUAUGAGGGACCCUGUGAGUAGCCAGUACAGCUCUUUUCUUUUCUGGAGGAUGCCCAUUCCAGAACUGGAUCUGUCGGAGUUGGAAAGCCUGGGUCUGUCAGAUACGUCCACCUACAAGGUCAAGGACAGCAGCGUUGGCAAAAUGACCGGGCAAGCAACUGGAACAGAGCAGGAGAAAAAUCCUGAAGGCGAUGUCCUCCUUGAGUACAGCACCUUCAACUUCUGGAGAGCUCCCAUUGCCAGCAUCCACGCCUUUGAAUUGGACUUGCUCUAAGCCCAAGAUUCCUCUUUCCCACCACUUUGCCCUCAUUGUCUUCCCUUUCAAGCCCUUUCCUUUCCAUCCUUUUCUCCUAUCAAUCUUGCUUUCUCUCCUCCACUGUGUUGAGGUGGUGCUGAUGAAUCUGCCAGAGUUCUGUACUUAUUUGUUUGUUUAUUUAUGUAUGUAUGUAUUUAUUUAUUUAAUGUGGGGGGGGUUGUGUUUUUUUUUUCCAGUUUCUCUCAAGAGCCCUCAAGCCACAAAGGGUUCAAGCAAUGGAGUACUUAGUGACUGGGUCAGGGGGAUUCCUCCUCCUCUCCACCCCGUAUUAAUUCCAGAAAACAGGCCUGAUGGGGGCACCAGAGAGUAGUACUAUAAUAGAAGCACUGAUACAUAUAUUUUUUUUUUACCUCAUUUUAAUCAGCUUUAGAGAUCGCUCAAAACUUCCUAAUUCCCUGUUCCAGGCCAGUAAACACAAAUAUUUCUUCAAGGGUUGAUGAAUACCUUGUAAGUUUUAAUUUGAGACUAUCUGCUACAAGACAGUAGGAUUCCUAAAAGAUUAAGGUGAUAAGAAACUUGCUUUUUCUGAAAUUGGGGGUAAAUGUAUAUAAAACAAGAGGAAAUAAUGUCUUGGAAAAUGAAAAUAGGAGAAAGCCCUGAAUUGUUUCAGGAAUAGUUAUGCUCUCUCAAAAGGAUGUUUCUUCUUAAGCCUACUUACUUUAUAAUUUUGCUCCUAACUGUGGGUUGAAAACUCUGAGGAAAAUCACUCAAUUUCAAAUCUUAAAAUGCAAUCUCGAUGACUAUUCAUGAUAAUUUGUAAGGUCUUGAUUCCUUUCCUAAAAGGCGUAGGGUUUGGUCCCUAGUACUUGAGACUUGCCCUCCUGCAUCUCCAGCUGAUACCAGCCAUUGGGCCUCAGGCACAGUUCUUCAGCCUACCUUGAGACCAGGAAGUGAGCAAUCACCUUCUGACCCUACACCCUGUUCCCACUCUUUCCAAAAUUUUUGCUGAUUUGUGCUGCCAUUUACUCAUAUCUUUAAUAAAGACAUUCAACCCCAGGACUGCAUUCUAGUUUUCUCUCUCCACAGGAACACAGUCUAGAAUUUCACAAGUUAGCCUUGUUUUCACAUUCAGCUUGUAUAUUUUUCUCAUAUUCAACUCUGAGGAAGAAUGACUUGAGUAACUUUUAUACAUUAAAAUGACUAACUUUAGGUUGGACGGGUAUACUUACCCGUUCAAGGUAAAGGGUGAAAUCGACUUAAAAUUUUUUAGCUAGAAAGCUGCAACCCACCACUCUUCUGCUUUCCCACUACCAACAUAUUUGAGGAGGCACCUGUGGCACUGUAUGUUUCUUAUCUCAGCGCUAGUGCCAAAGAAAAUAAACGAAUUCACCCAAAUAUGUUAUCUGCUUACUUAAAACUCAUUAAAAAAUUUUGUGCUAACUUACAAGUAGUUGGGGUGCCUACUCUAUGAAAGGCACUGGGCCAGACAGUAUAAAAGGAUGUAAACAACAAUGAAACAAGAUUUUGACUCUCAGACUUAGAAAGGGAAGCUAUAAAUACCGAUACAGAUGGACAGUACUUGGGCAACAUGCUGUAAAUAAAGAUGACUUGAACGAGAUCUAGAUAAAUUCAGAAAAGGGUAACACGGGAAUC